AUGUUGCUAGCGGAACCCGCUUCGGGGUUUGAAGCCGACGCUCUUCCAGGCUGGCUUGGCGACACCUAUCGAUCCACCCCCAAUCCCAAGGCAGCAGCAGCUGAACCUGAACCUGGGUUGAACGAGCCUCGCAUCGUCCGGCUAUCGUGGAAACCAAGAGCGUGGAUCUACAAGAACUUCCUGACCCACGCGGAGUGCGAUCACAUCAUUGAGCUGGCGCGCCCCAAAAUGGAGCGGUCGACAGUGUUGGCUGAUAAUGGCUCCAGUGUUGUCGACGACUACAGGUCCAGCUCUGGUUGCUUCCUCGAUAUUGCUCAGGAUGACGUCAUCAGGCGCAUUGAAGACCGCCUUGCUACCUGGACCUUCCUCCCCCCUGAGAACCAGGAGUCGAUGCAGGUGCUGCGGUAUGCAGUGGGGCAGAAGUAUGACGCCCAUCACGACUACUUCGAGGAGGACGAGAAGCAGCAGCAGGGGGGGCACCGCUAUGCCACUGUGCUCAUGUACCUCACUGAUGGGUUCAGCGGGGGGGAGACCGUGUUUCCCGACUCUGAGAAGGACAAGCAAGAGAAGGACGACACGUGGUCUGACUGCGGCAAGCAGGGUGUGGCAGGUGAGGCGACGGCCAAGCCAGUGAAGGGCGACGCGCUGCUCUUCUUCUCCCUCAAGCCCUCCGCCUUCCCACCACCCCCCGCUUCCCCCCCCUUCCCCUCCCCUCACCUCCCCACCACCCCUCCCCCACCCUCCCCCAGCCAAGCCAGUGAAGGGCGAUGCGCUGCUCUUCUUCUCCCUGAAGCUCCAGUGAAGGGCGACGCACUACUCUUCUUCUCCCUCAAGCCAUCCGCCGAGCCCGACCUGGCCUCCCUCCACGCGGGCUGCCCCGUGCUGGCCGGGGAGAAGUGGUCCGCCACCAAGUGGAUCCACCCAGUGAAGGGCGAUGCGCUGCUCUUCUUCUCUCUCAAGCCGUCUGCCGAGCCCGAUCUAGCCUCCCUCCAUGCGGGCUGCCCCGUGCUGGCCGGGGAGAAGUGGUCCGCCACCAAGUGGAUCCACGUGCGAUCCUUCGAGGAAGAGGACGAAGAGGGGGUGGGGAGCGAGGGCGGGGGUUCGUCUUCUUCUCAGUCGCACCCGCCUGGUGCGUGUGUGGAUGAGAGUGAGCAUUGUGUUCCGUGGGCCAAGGCCGGGGAGUGUGAGAAGAACCCCGGGUAUAUGCAGAGUAGCUGUGCGCGAAGCUGUGGCAAGUGCAGUGUACUUGCUGCUUCUGCUUGA